GUUUAACUUAAUUUAGUGUGAUAUAAUAUAUUUUAUUAUUUAAUUUAGUGUUAAAAUGAUUUCUCCAGGUGGUCCUGACUGUGUAGCAGCAGAGCUAUGUGGUGUGCUUUCCACACCAAUCCAGUUCCGUUGCCACAGGUUAAACGCAAUGAUAAAUUCCUACCACCCACGUGAUUUGCAGAAUAUUUUUCCACAACUCGUGGACUCUAUUUUUAAUUCUAGAGGUGGACAAGGAUGGGGCUUGCGUGUUAUCACACAAUCGUCAAACGAAUUCGAUCUCUUGCAUGAUUUCUUCUCGCCCCUGGGCCCAUUUUUAAGAUUGUGUUACAGAUUGUUGGAUGAUAAUAUUAAGUUCUUGCUACCGAUAUCGUAUUUGCCUCAACUUUUAAGGAACAAACUGUCGGCUGGCAACAAUUUAUCUAAUUUUUAUAAAGAAACCUAGACAUUCAAUGCUAAAGGACUUGUUUUAGUUUUAAAUUCUUUUGACUACUACAUUUUUAACUUUGCUCUACAUUUAUGCAACGAAAUGCAAUGUGUAGAUUUACCUUCCAACCAAGAAUCGUUUUCGGUUUAUCGAGCCUUGUGCUGUGAUUAUUUACAGCACUUUUUAAGAUGCGAUGGGGACUCCACGAUUUUACCAGACUUGACAAUGCUUAAGGACCGCAGUAAAAUGUCUCCUGUCGUUGUACCAAGGACGCCCCAAACUCCACGUCUGAUAAAGCUAUCAGAAAACUUCAUAGAAUCUCCAUCAUCUAAUGAUAUAGACAAUAACAUGUUCAACUAUAGCCAAACCUUUUGGAGAACAGAAACAGUCCUGACAG